AUGCGCUUCUCUUGGUUAUUGUGCCCGCUUCUUGUGCUGGGAAGUGCUCUUCCCGAAAAGAAGACGGAUGUAUCAACAUACACCAACCCAGUCCUUCCAGGAUGGCACUCGGACCCGUCAUGUAUCCAGAAAGACGGUCUCUUUCUCUGUGUCACAUCGACUUUCAUCUCAUUCCCUGGUCUUCCAGUCUAUGCUUCGAGGGACCUAGUCAAUUGGCGUCUUAUCAGCCAUGUCUGGAACCGUGAGAAGCAGCUUCCUGGCAUCAGUUGGAAGACGGUUGGCCAGCAGCAAGGGAUGUACGCACCAACCAUUCGAUACCACAAGGGAACAUACUACGUCAUUUGCGAAUACCUAGGCGUUGGAGAUAUUAUUGGUGUCAUCUUCAAGACCACAAAUCCUUGGGACGAGAGCAGCUGGAGUGACCCCGUUACCUUCAAGCCAACCCAUAUUGACCCCGACCUCUUCUGGGACGACGACGGAAAGGUGUACUGUGCUACCCAUGGCAUCACUCUGCAGGAGCUCGAUCUGGAAACAGGAAAGCUUGGCCCCGAACUAAACAUCUGGAACGGCACAGGUGGCGUAUGGCCUGAGGGACCUCAUAUCUACAAGCGUGACGGUUACUACUAUCUCAUGAUUGCUGAGGGUGGAACGGCCGAAGACCACGCCAUCACCAUCGCUCGAGCACGCAAGAUUACCGGCCCAUAUGAAGCCUACAAGAAAAACCCGAUCUUGACCAACCGCGGAACGUCCGAGUACUUCCAGACGGUCGGUCACGGUGAUCUUUUCCAAGAUGCCAAGGGCAAUUGGUGGGGUCUUUGUCUUGCUACUCGCAUCACAGCCCCUGGAGUUUCGCCCAUGGGUCGUGAAGCGGUGCUCUUCAAUGGUACAUGGAACAAAGGCGAGUGGCCUAAGUUGCAACCAGUACGAGGUCGCAUGCCAGGAAACCUUCUCCCAAAGCCGACCCGAAACGUUCCCGGGGACGGACCCUUCAAUGCUGAUCCAGAUAACUACAACUUGAAGAAGGCAAAGAAGAUUCCUCCCCACUUUGUGCACCAUCGGGUCCCAAGAGAGGGUGCUUUCUCUUUGUCUUCCAAGGGCCUACAUAUCGUGCCCAGUCGCAAUAAUGUUACGGGUAGCCUUCUAGCUGGAGACGAGAUUGAGCUCUCGGGACAGCGAGGUCUAGCCUUCAUUGGUCGUCGGCAAGCACACACUCUGUUCAAGUACAGUGUUGAUAUCGACUUCAAACCCAAGUCAGACGACCAGGAGGCUGGUAUCACCGUCUUCCGAACGCAGCUUGACCAUAUCGACCUUGGCAUCGUUCGUCUUCCAACGAGGCAAGGCAGCAACAAGAAGUCCAAGCUCGCGUUCCGAUUCCGUGCCACAGGAGCGCAAAAUGUUCCUGAGCCAAAGAUAGUACCUGUUCCAGAUGGCUGGGAGAAGGGUGCAAUUAGUCUACAUAUCGAGGCAGCCAACGCAACGCACUACAACCUUGGAGCAUCAAGCCGCGGAGGGAAGACUCUUAACAUAGCGACGGCAUCGGCAAGUCUUGUUAGUGGAGGAAUGGGUCAAUUUGUUGGUAGCCUGCUUGGAUCUUAUGCUACCUGUAACGGCAAAGGAUCUGGACUGGACUGUCCCAAGGGAGGUGAUGUUUAUGUGAGCCAAUGGACCUACAAGCCUGUGGCUCAAGAGAUUGAUCACGGCGUGUUUGUGCGAUCAGAAUUGUAG